GUGCAGAGACGGCCCCAGGGCCGCUCGGUUCAGCCCUGCUCCCACACGUGACGGGCCCGAGUUUCUGCACGUACGGCUACGAUGGCGGCGUGAGUCGGCAGGGCAUCGAGGGCCACAUCAAGCUGAUCAGGAGCUUGGUCCAGGUGAAUAGCACCAUGUCCUUCAAGAAGGACGCGUGGUUCCAGGCUCUGAAGGAGGUCGCCAGGCACAAGCCACUGGUGUUCAGGAGCAGGGGGGAGAUGACGACGUGGCAGGCCGAGCUGCACAAGCGCUUGAAGACGAUGUGCCGCCACGCUAGCCAGUAUAUGAUCAAGGACACCCCCCCCAAAUGGUUCAAAGCGCUGGCGCUCCCCAAGCCCGAGAAGAACGUAGAGCCUGGCGACGACGCCGACGGGGACCAGCACGAGGACGAGUUCGACGAGAAGAACGACGAGGAGGGCGGGGAGGAGGAGGACCCCGCCGACUUCGAGCCCGACGUGGAGGUAGACACUGGCGCUGCCAAGACCCCCGUGUAUGACUACGGGUACGACGGGGAGGCUCGCUGCGCGUUCCGCACGCGCACGGACGGCCCGAAGAAGCACUUCCCCGAGUAUGCCGUCGAGAUGCGCGAACCUCCAGCUGCAGCGCCUACAGAUUGCAUGCUGGCAGUGUUCAAAGGCGCGUCUGGCUCGACAGAGGAGGCGGUGAACGUGGCGCAGGUGACCGUGGCCAAGUGGCGAUCGGGUCUCACGCAGCCGAAGGCCAAGGCGAAGACCAAGGCGAAGCUGGGCACGCCCAUGAAGAAGAAGAAAAAGCAGGAGGUGAAGACGACGAAGAUCUCCGACGCGGGCCCAGAGAGCAGAGCCGCCAGCAGCGGUGCAGGCACGAGCGAGCUAAAGUCCAGACGCUUGCCCGACAGGCAGGGGUGGCUUGGCAAGAACAGCAAUGAUGAGAAGGUCGAGGCGCUGAUCCGCAGCAAUGAUGUCAGAGGCAAGCCGCCCCAGCGCCUCGCCGUCGUCCAGGUGAACGGCAAGACGGUGAUCACCAUCAAUGUGGACAAGUUCGAGGCGACGGCGGAGACGACCUCCCAAGCUGCUGCCCUGGCAUGGGCAUCGACAAUCGCAGUGAAGCUGGCGCACGGGAAGAUCGAUCGAGAGGGGGCCAUCGCCAUGAAGGCCGCGAAGCUGGAUCAGGUCGGCGGCAAUGUUGUCAUGAAGAGGCCGUCAACUAUGUUAAAGAAGCCAGGUGCCGCUAAGUGCGCUCGCCCGAGGCCUUCUGCAGCGCCUGGCGCCAGCGAGGAGAAGCACACGGACUCGAACAAGGACGUUGACAAGGGCGUUGCCUCUGCGACCACUCCACCCGUGACCAAGCGG